AUGUCUCGCGUUAAUAAUGGCCGAUGUCGCUGAUCCUUUUUAUGUUUUGAGGCAGUUGUUGGCACAUCUGUGACUGUGUAUCUUGUGUGCUCUUGUUGAAGACCACUCCCAGAUGACGACGGAAUCUAGACGAGGAUCUAGACCAUGUAAUGUCUUCGCCAGACAGUGAUCAUGACUGGCAGGUUGAGGGACGCCUUUCGGCGAUGGUUUAGCAGAGACGGUCAUGUGUCAAGUUCGGUAUUUGUCACAGUGGAGUUGCUGAGCGUGAUGCGACCGCGGCGCCUCUCCAAGCGUGUUAUACUGAAGGCGAGCUUGUGGACUGUGAUUCUCAUCAUGUUCGCAUUCAUCAUCUGUUACACCAUUCUCCUGGCUUAUGUUGAUCGACGUGUCUGGCUGUCCAACAGGUCUGCAUUCCAUACAAAGGGGAAGAAACUACAAACAAGGCCUUCAGAGGGGCAAAAAACUCACUUAGAAGGAAGAAACCCUGAAACGAAGGCAAUCGUCAACAGAAAGGAUUUAAACCGGAAGAUUAUGUGGAAUCCGGAAAAAUUUUACGACAUAUUUGCGCCCACGGUCAAAUGUCAUAAUAAUUCAUUGUUCACCAUCAUCAUUACCUCAUCUGCAAAUCAUUUUGAGCAACGCGUUCACAUUCGUAAGACAUGGUGCAAUCCCCACGCCUCUGGGAACUCCCUUUAUGUGUGGCAGUGUGUGUUUCUGGUUGGCCUGACUCUGAAUGCCGACACAGAUGAAGCUGUGGAACAGGAGGCAGAACAGCAUCAUGACAUACUUCUAGGAACGUACAUCGACUCUUACCGAAACCUUACCCGUAAGGUCAUGCACGGUGUGAACUGGAGCACGGGACAGUGUUCCACUCCAUUUACGGUUAAAACCGACGACGAUUGUUUUGUAAAUACCAAACUCUUGUACAACUUCCUCGUCAAGUACAACACCCAGACCUCAGAACUGUAUGUGGGCAAAAUAAAUCGCGUGCUGAAUAAACGGAUGGUCAUUAGAAACGAGGCCAACAGAUGGUACGUUUCUAAGACCGAGUAUUCUAAAGAUUAUUACCCUCCGUACGCUAGUGGUACUGGCUACGUAAUGUCACGGGACGUGGUCCGCAUGAUUGCUGACGAAUGUAAAUACAUAUGGCCGAUUCCAAACGAAGACGCUUACGUGGGAAUUGUUAUAGACUCACUAGGCAUUAAGCCGACCGCGAGCGAGAGGUUUACGGUGUUCAGUAUAGGUCUCCGUGUGUGUAACUUUCUCUAUGUGUUUAUAGUGCACAGCGUGGAUCCACAGAGACAUAGUGUGUUACACAAAUACAUGAUGGAUGCUCACAAACAGUGCAGUGAUAAAGAUAUCAUCACGUGGGCAUGAUGUCGUCAAGGUGCAUUGUCUGUAAUCCCUCCAGUGAUGCCAGUUUCUCUGUUACGAUCAAAAGAAGAAAUUGUCACCACGUUGGAUUCUUUGGUCAGAUUGUUCCCAUCCAUGGGCAGUGUCAAAAUAUUACAAUCAGGUCACAGUUUUCCAGUUUUCUAUGGCACCAAACUGUUUGGUCUUCCGUCAUAAUGGCAGAUUUUGAUAAAACCUAACUGCUACUAAUGUUGUGAAGUCAAAGUAUAUUUUUGAAGUAUUUUUUUGUAAAAAAGCAUUGUAAAGCUUAGAUCCAUCUAAAUGUGCAGGUGUACAUGUAAUGAUAUUAUAAAUCAUUGUAAAAAUGCUUUGAAAAGCUUUUCACACUUGCUGUAGAUGUAUAUUCAACCCCUGCAAGUUAAAAAGUGUCUAGUGUGCAAAACAUAAGGGUGGGGGGAAAUCAAAUAUAGUCCACAGCAAAAAAACAUGCCGUGGAGAAUGAAAAACUCCACAGCGUUGCCGAUUGCCAUGGGCUAUUGCUGGGGUUGGUAUUUGUACAUACGCGUAUGAGAUUCUUUGUAAAUCAUUGUUCAGUCCAUUGUCCAAUAUUGUGAGGACCCAUUAUUAUUAGGUGAUUGUAAUAUUCCGUGACCUUAAUGUUGUGGACUGUUUACAUCCAUUUUUAGGUACAAACUUAUAAUGGUGUGAUAGUGUUUGUUUUGGGUUGUGUGGUGUGUUUAACUGUCUGUCAUAUAUUUUGACCUCAUUGAUAACUGAUGAAAUAUAUAUGUACAAUAUGAAUCUAAAUUUCAAAGAUAAAAUAGAAAAUAUAUAUUUUCAAUGUACAUACCAAGUUUUGUAUGCAAGGUUUAGUCUGUUUUCAGUCUGUUUAUAAAAGUCAUUACAGAUACAUAUAUACAUGACUAUUUACAUUUAAUCCACAUUCACUCAACACCUUUUUCUAGUAAAGAAAAAAUGGUAAUUUUGAGGUAAAAAAAAAACUAGACAAAUUAAAUUCCAGAAAUAUUUAUGGGAUCAAGAUAUAAUAAAAAAUGUUUUAGCUAAUAUUUUAAUAUUUUUAGUAUUAAAAAAAUAUAUAAUUUGGGUUUUUUUUAAACUUAAACAUUUCCAGUUUUAUUCAAUAAAGUGUUAAAAUGAAGAUUUUUCAGUAGUAAAAGGAGAUAAAUCCUUGUUUGAGUCUUCUUGCAGGCAUUCAGUGGUUAAGUAAUCAAACAUAACGCUGGUAGGUACAGGGUUCGCAGCAGCCCAGAGCGAGUUUUAACGACUCGGUGGGUAGGUGUGAGGCAACUACACCCUCUUCUCUCUCACUAACCACUAACAACUAACCUACUGUCCUGGACAGAUAACCCAGAUAGCUGAGGUGUGUACCCAUGACAGCAUGCUUGAACCUUAAUUGGAUAUAAGUCCAAAAUAAGUUGAAAUGAAUGAAUGUCUGUGAUUGCAGUUUUGGGGAGAAAAAUUCAGUGAAGCUGAACCUGGUUUUUUUCUUCUUUUCUAUGUAAACAUAUUUGAAUCAUGACAUGCGGCAUUGUACAUUGUUGGCAAGUGUUAGUACUGUCACUUUCACGGUUUGAAAUUUUAACAUUUAUUUAUUGGUUUACACAAGUACAUCCAUGUAGAAGUACUAGUAGUGACAUACAUUAGUAUUUUAAGAUAAUGUAUGUAUGUGUG